AUGGGUGACCAGCACCACCACCAAUCACAGCCGCAUCAGAAUGGUGUAAACGGUCACAAUGCUGCCAAUGGAACCAAGAAUGGAGUUACAUCAGGCUCGUCCAUCAUCGACGAGAUUCUAGCCAGAAGAGCCAAGGCCGGAAAGCUUGUUGCUGGAGUUGCUGCUGCCUCAGACAGCGAUAUGUGGAAGGGCCCUCAAACUGGAAAACCAAAAGCAAAACGUUGGGAUCACCACCUCAGCAAGGAAAGCUUGGAACGAAAGCCAUGCACUCUAAAGCAAGCAGCAAAGCACCUCAAAAAGCCAGGUCUCAUUUCCCUUGGAGGCGGCUUGCCCUCUAGCGAGACAUUCCCAUUUGCCGAAUUUGCCAUGAAGGUUCCCGUAGCUCCUCACUUCUCGGAGCAAGAAACCCUGGACAACGGGCAAACAGUCACAAUUGGUAAAUAUGACGUGCGCGACCACGAUGCCGUUUACGACUUAUCCAUUGCUCUCAACUACGGUCAAUCCACGGGCUCUGCUCAAAUGAUGCGCUUCCUAACUGAGCACACCGAGAUUGUGUGCAACCCACCAUACGCAGACUGGCGCAUCUGUCAGACCAUUGGCAGUACCGGCGCACUGGAGCAAGCCCUCAGGAUGUUCUGCGACAAGGAUCGUGGUGAUUCUGUUCUAACAGAGGAUUUCAGCUUUUCAACUGCGUUGGAAACCAUUGCCCCCCUCGGCAUCAAGGUCUUUGGAUCCCCCAUCGACGACCAAGGCCUGGUCCCCGAAGCCAUGGACCUCCUUCUGACCAACUGGGACGAGAAAGAGCGGGGAGCAAGAAAGCCUCAUGUCUUAUACACCGUGCCCUCUGGCCAGAACCCAACCGGCGCAACGCAAGAUGCCGAGAGAAGAAAGGCCAUCUAUGCCAUGUGCCAAAAGCACGACAUCUUCAUCAUCGAAGACGAGCCAUACUACUUCCUCCAGAUGCAGCCCUACACAGGCCGCAACCAACCGGACGCACCUCCCCCCAACACCGUCGAGGAAUUCAUAUCCUCCCUGAUCCCUACAUUCGUCAGCAUGGACAUUGACGGCCGCGUCAUGCGCAUGGACUCGGUCUCCAAGGUUCUCGUGCCCGGCUCCCGUCUCGGCUGGGUAGUUGGCUCCGAGCAAAUCAUCGAGCGUUACCAGCGUCACGCCGAAGUCGCCAGCCAAGGACCAAGCGGCUUCUCCCAAAUCAUUCUCUACAAGCUCCUCGACGAGACUUGGGGUCACGAAGGCUACCUCCGGUGGCUGAUGAAUCUCCGCAUGCAGUACACCAAGCGACGAGAUGCUCUGCUCGCUGCGUGUGAGGAUCACUUACCACAGGAUAUCGUCAGCUGGACUCCCCCCGCUGCAGGCAUGUUUCUGUGGCUCAAUGUAGAUUAUUCGAAGCAUCCCCACGCCGACUCAAAGUCCCUCGCAGAAGUCGAGGAAGAAAUCUUCAACUCAUGCAUUGACGGUGGUGUUCUCGUCGCCCGAGGAUCGUGGUUCCUAGCCGAGAAGGAGAAGCCCAUGCCGGGUCUGUUCUUCCGCGCCACAUAUGCCGCUGCUAGUGCAGAGAAUAUGAAUGAGGCGAUUAAGAGAUUUGGCCAGGCUGUGCGCGACAGCUUCGGCAAGGAGUAG